GAGACGAACCACGUUUUUUGUAUAGUCCAAAGGCGAACGAACGAAUCAGAGGAAUUUUCGUUGCCCACUCUCUCUCUAAAAUACACACACUCUCUCUAUAUCUAUCGCUUUCUCUCUCCAAAUACAUCGACGAUCAAAUUAGGGUUUUCAAUUUGUUUCGACUUCACGCAGUAAUGAUUUCCGAUUCGAUCGCCAACGCUUCCAUCUCCAUGGCCUCCUCUAACCCAAAAGAUUUCGCCAAGAAAAAGAAGGCGAAUCGAUCAGCCAAAUUGAAGCAGUGCAAGCUUGAUGCUCGCCGCGAGCAGUGGCUUUCUCAAGUGAAGAAUAAGGGUAACUGUAAGGAGGAAUCAAAUGAUGGCGGGAUACAUGGAGGAUCAUCGGUGAAAUUGGGGAACAAGAGCAUACUUGCCAUAGAGAAAUUGGAGAUUAAGCCGAGAGAUGUGCAGGAGAAUUAUGGAGAUGGAUUGCCACUGCAUCAUUACAGUGAUUCCGAGUCAUCGCCAUCCACUAGCCACAACAGUAGCGUCUUGGGCAUUAUUGAUUCCAGAGCCAAUUUUACAGGGAGCAGCAGCCAAAGCAGUAGUGCUAGCAGCAACGGAUGUUGUUCUGGAAGUAUGAGUGAGGAAGGUGAAGGGGAUGAUGAUGGCUGCUUGGAUGAUUGGGAGGCUGUGGCUGAUGCCUUGGCUGAAACCGAUGACAAGAAGCAACAGCAUAACACCGACUCAGGAUUGGAUUCAUUAACUUCGGAGAAAGAUUUAAAUGCUUCCCAGUCAGAUUCCCAAUCGAUGGUAACAAACCAAUUGGCCUUUGGGCUUGAUGUUUCAAAGCCGAAGCUGGAGAAUCAGAGAAUGGUUGCAGAAGGGGCUCUGGUAAAUUGCCAGGCAUGGAGGCCUGAUGAUGCCUGUCGUCCUCAAACCCUGCCCAACUUGUCUAAGCAGUAUAGUUUCCCAAUGAAUUCAGGGAGACAUUUUGAUUGUGGAGGCUCUGUUUGGGCAUGUAGGAAUGUUGUGCCUGUCCCCACAUCGUGCCCAAUAUGCUAUGAGGAUUUUGACUUCACGGACUCGAGUUUUCUCCCUUGUUCAUGUGGCUUCCGGCUUUGCCUUUUCUGUCACAAGAGGAUUCUUGAGGAGGAUGGGCGCUGUCCAGGUUGCAGGAAGCAGUAUGACUCUGAAACUGUUGAUGGAGAGGCAACACUGGAUGGAGGCAGCUUGGCAUUUCGGUUGGCCCGUUCUCGUAGCAUGAUCACACGGUCUUAGGAAGAGUCUUUGUUUCCCUUGAACGUAUAUGUUUGGUCCAUCUUUUUCUCAGUGUUCCUUUUGUGUGUUCUUGUUGCGAGACUCUAGUUAUCGCGAGACUCUAGUUAUCAUAGUCUUAUAUGUUGGCAUAGAAGGGAGUUUUUGAAGCACAGAUCUAGUACUCUAAUGAUUUUGGUCCAUAUAUUUGUAUGGUGCGUGUGCUGGAAGACUUUGUUAUGUGAAUAGAUGAGGUGGUAUAGAAAUUGAAUACGCCAAGUUUGGUGAAACAUGACUGUUGUAUCUUGAUGAAUUUAGUUUGUUCCCUUGAGAUGAAGUACAAAUUCAUAAUGUGAAGGAAUUUCUUAAAAGUUCUAUCA